UUUCCACCUGAACGGGAAACCAGAGGCCGAAGGAGAGAGAGAAGGCGCUCUCACAAAAAAGGCUUGGCGGCAUUUGCUUGUUGCUUGUAUCAGAAGAAAACCUUAAUCACCACCAUUAAAAUCAGACACUGGAGAAGGUGAAGAAAAGAAUUAUCUAUGGAGGGAGACACAGGAAAACAUUUGGUAUGCCAGAUGAUUAUGGAUGGGAAGGAGACUGAAGAAAAUGGUCUAUGGAGGACUAUCCCUUCCUGCUGCAUUAAAGCAAGGGCUUCGGCACCUGAAGCAAAAUGCAACUCCACAGUUGUUUCUGGGUGGUUCUCAGAACCUCGGUCUUGUUCUGAUGGGACUGCUGACCUGAUUUAUUACAACAAUCCUAUGUGGCCUGGGGAGGCACAUUCGCUCAAAGUAGAGAAUAUCUUAUACAAGGGCAAAUCAGAGUUCCAAGAGAUCUUGGUUUUUGAGUCCUCAACAUAUGGAAAAGUACUCGUGCUUGAUGGUAUCGUUCAGUUGACUGAGAAAGAUGAAUGUGCUUACCAAGAGAUGAUUGCUCACCUUCCCCUUUGUUCGAUUCCAUCUCCCAAAACUGUUCUGGUUGUAGGUGGUGGUGAUGGUGGGGUUUUGAGGGAAAUCUCUCGCCAUAGCUCUGUAGAGUACAUUGACAUUUGUGAGAUCGAUAAGAUGGUAAUAGAUGUGUCUAAGAAGUUCUUUCCAGAUUUAUCUAUUGGAUUUGAGGAUCCUCGUGUCCGACUUCAUGUCGGUGAUGGUGCAGAAUUUUUAAGGCAUGCACCUGAAGGGAUGUAUGAUGCAAUCAUUGUGGAUUCAUCGGAUCCUGUGGGUCCUGCUCAAGAACUUGUUGAAAGGCCCUUUUUUGAGAUGGCAGCAAGAGCGUUAAGGCCCGGUGGUGUUCUUUGUAGCAUGGCAGAAAGUAUGUGGCUUCACACACACCUUAUUCAAGAUAUGAUCUCUAUUUGCCAGGAGACAUUCAAGGGUUCUGUUCGUUAUGCAUGGACAAGUGUUCCUACAUAUCCAAGUGGUGUGAUUGGGUUUCUGAUAUGCUCAACGGAUGGACCACCUGUUGAUUUUUCAAAUCCUAUUAAUCCUAUAGAGAAAGUAGAAGGAGCUAUUAAGUUCAGGAGGGAACUCAGGUUCUACAACUCAGAGAUGCAUUCAGCCGCCUUUGCCUUGCCUUCAUUCUUGAGAAGGGAAGUAAGUGUCCUUCGUGACUCCCAAUCCUCUGUACAGGGAAUCUGUGUUUCGUAGCCCAAUUGAUUGGCAAAUUGUACUUCAUUUAACUUUCUGGUAUAUGGAAAUGCGUGUGUUUGCUAGAAGGGUAGUCAAUGUAGCUAUGUAAACUUGUAACUUAGACUUCCCUACUUAUUUGAGACCUUACAGUAAACUUGUUCUUUUUUCCAUAUAAAUUGGGAUUUUUUAA